AUGGUAUUUGUUGGUUGUAUAGGUAGGGGUGCUAGCAGCGAUGGUGGAUCAACGUUGAUUUUUGUUGGUGGUGCAGGCAGUGGUGGUGCGAAACAACAGUGCCUUGGUUUAUUGUUUUAUUACGAGCUGCUGCAAUUGUUCUAUCUACUCCGGAUAUGUGAUUACAAGAAUGCUGCUCACCGUGUUGACAAAUUGGAUGUUGUUAUAAAGUCUGACUUGCAACGGAUGCAACAUAUGCGAGAACUCACCAAAGAGCUUGAUGCACUAAAUCACAGUCUCUCCCACUCUGAUUUGAACUACAGGGACAAAUCUGCUCUUACUGAAAAACAAGCUCAGCUUGAAGAACGACUUGGUAAUUAUAGUGGGAUGAGUUUAACUGGGAAAAUGCCUUUGGAACCUGCAUAUUUUGGAAAUGUGAAACGAGCAUGGGCUGAUAAACUUGAGCUGGCCCCCCCUCCCAUUGAUGGGGAAUGGCUACCAAAAAGUGCAGUCUACGCGUUGGUAGAUCUUAUGGUGGUUGUUUUUAGCCGCCCAAAGGGACUUUUUAAGGAGUGUGGAAAGAGGGUUCAAUCUGGAAUGCAAAUUAUCCAAGAGGAAUUGGUGCAACUUGGAAUUACUGAUGGCAUUAAAGAAGUAGAACUGCAACACUCUGCAAUAUGGAUGGCUGGGGUCUAUUUGGUGCUUCUAAUGCAGUUCCUUGAAAAUAAAGUAACUAUCGAUCUUACACGAACUGAAUUUGUUGAGGCACAAGAGGCUUUGAUACAGAUGAGAAAUUGGUUUAUUCGCUUCCCAACAAUCUUACAGGCCUCUGAGAGUAUCAUUGAGAUGCUACAAGGGCAGUAUGCUCAUUCUGUUGGCUGCUAUAGUGAAGCUACUUAUCAUUUCCUUGAAGCUUCGAAGUUGACGGAGAGCAAGUCAAUGCAAGCCAUGUUCCACAUUUAUGCAGCAGUCUCUUACAUCUGCAUUGGAGAUGCUGAAUCCUCUGCAAAGGCUGUUGACCUGAUUGGACCAGUUUUGGGAGUCGUUGAUUCUUUUGUUGGAGUGCGAGAGAAAACCAGCGCCCUUUUCGCCUAUGGCUUUCUACUGAUGAGACAGCAGAAUCUACAAGAAGCUAGGUAGAAGUUGCUACUCUCGUUUC